GCGCUUCUAACUUUUACUUUCUCAUACCCCAACUUUCUUUCCUCUGUAGACAGGACUAUCAGCCAACAUGCCUCCUCCUCCUCAGCAUUCCACCGGCGGCUCCACUCUUGACAAGAUUAAGAUGGGUGCCAUAAUGGGAAGCUGUGUUGGUUUGACCAUUGGAUUCAUCUUUGGCUCUUUCUCCAUCAUGCGUGCCGGGCCCGGUCCCCGAGGUGUUGUCGCUACCCUUUCUCAGUAUAUGCUCUCAUCUGCCGCCACUUUCGGUUUCUUCAUGUCCGUCGGCUCUGUGAUCCGAACGGAAUCCGAACACAAAUAUAUUCUUCCUCCUAUGACCAACAGAGCAGCGAGCGAGCCUUGGCGAAUGGCUUGGAAGCGAGCCGAGGAGAGACGGCGAGCAGAGGCGUCCCAGUAAGGGACUCUUUUUGUUCUCUAGGGGUUUCGCAGAGUUACGGAGCUGCAGGAGAAUAAAGUAGGAUACUUGGUGGCUUGGGCGAAUGCUUGCGGCAAGAUGGCUCCACAGCACAAUAAUAACUUUGCCGGUACACUUUUUCGCUUCUAUGAACAGUGACUAGGUGCAUAUGCAUAUUUUCCCUUCUCAUCUCUU